CACUAUAAAGCUGUACUCAGUUUCCCCUUCUAAAAAUCAUUGACAUCAUUGAUCAAAUCAUGAUGUCCCCAAAAACCUCAAAUGCAACCCACAUGGAUAACCAAGUCUCUGAACCAAACCAACUGGCCAAUGUCCCAUUACUACUUCAACCAUCAUACGCUAGAUCAAAAUCCUUACUCUAUGAUGAGCUUCGCAACUUUCGAAUAAGUCUCAAGUGGUGCGCAUUAGACCACUCUUCACGCAUUGGAAAAUUCAUUUCUUAUCUUACAUUUGUGUUUCUCUCCAUUGUUGUCCCCCUCCUUGGCUGCUUCUCCAUUAAAGUCCAAUCUUCCGCCGAAGCUGACGACCCUAUUUCUUUCAACAAGUGGGUUCAAUUUCCGGAGUCAGGUUUAGCCCUUCUAGGCUUCUUUACACUAUCCAGGUUCUUCAGUAAAUAUGGUCUGCGCCAACUCUUGUUUCUUGAUGGUCUACAAGAUGAUUCAUUGUUUGUUAGACGUGGAUACACACGCGAGCUUGACAAGUCAUUUCGUUAUCUUGCCUGCAUACUUCUACCAUCUUUUUUCGUUGAACUUGCUCACAAAAUUAUUUUCUUUUCGACAGUGAAAGUAACAUUGCCUUAUAUUGGUUCAGGGGUUCCAUUGAACUCGAUUGUGUUUGUGUUGGUGUUAUCUUCGUGGGUUUAUCGAACGGGUGUGUUCUUGUUGGUAUGCGUACUGUUUCGUCUGACCUGUGAACUUCAGAUAUUGAGGUUUGAGGGAUUCCACAAGAUGUUUGAGGGAUGUGAAUCGGAUGCUGGAGUUAUAUUCAGGGAGCAUGUGAGGAUUAGGAAACAGUUAUCUGCUACCAGUCACAGAUAUCGAUUCUUUAUCAUUGCUUCUCUGGUUGUGAUCACAGUUAGUCAAUUGGGAGCUUUGAUACUAGUUUUGGCCACCAAGUCAGAUAAGAGUUUCUUCAAUUCUGGUGAUCUUGUUGUAUGUUCAGCUGUAGAGUUAAGUGGGUUCUUUUUGUGCUUGUUGGGGGCGGCAAGAAUCACGCACAGAGCCCAAGGGAUAGCUUCAAUUGCAACCAGAUGGCAUAUGACGGUGACAUGUGCUUCAUCUGGAUCAGACCAGUGGAAAGAGCAGACUGAAUGCAGAGACAGUGACUCCGAUUCCUCUGACAUUUUCAUCACAGUUUCCUCACAAGAUCAAUCCUCCUUCCAAACUAGGCAAGCUUUAGUGGCAUAUCUGCAACACAACAAUGGGGGGAUAACGCUCUUUGGAUUUGCACUUGAUCGUGGAUUGCUUCAUACAAUCUUUGCAUUUGAGUUCUCUCUGGUGUUGUGGAUACUUAGUAAGGUGGUUGUGUUGUCUUGACCCAGACUCCACUCAUUUCCUGCCAAGUAACACAUUCAGAUAUACCAAACAGUACAUAAUUGUAUUGUAUUUGAAAUUACCGUAUGUGAAUUUUAUUACAAAAUAAAAUGUUUGUUGAACUUGAACAACAACAAUGGCGAAACAAGUCUCUACUAGGUUUAUACCCAUCAAUUUCUAGUUUUAUCAAUUUCUU